CUUUUUCUUCCCUUCUCCUCCCCAUCCCCAGAAUCUCCACGUCGAGAACAACUUCAUCCCCCCCCAACUCCACUCCCUGUCCUUGUCGCCGUCUCCCCGUCGGUCUCUCUAAUUCACAAUGGCCUCUCCCGCGCAGUCCACCGGCUCGACCAAGGUUGACGCCGUCAUCCAGAAUGUCAAGGCAGCUGAGCCCCAGAAGCUGUCUGGCGUCGCUCUGUACUCGCGCUUCGCCCUCGCCGGCGCCAUCUGCUGCUCUGUCACCCACGGCGGUCUGACUCCCGUCGAUGUCGUCAAGACCCGCAUCCAGCUCGACCCCCAGACCUACAACCGCGGCAUGAUCGGCGGCUUCCGCCAGGUCAUCCAGAACGAGGGCGCUGGCGCUCUCCUCACCGGUGUCGGCCCUACCUUCGCCGGUUACUUCCUCCAGGGCGCCUUCAAGUUCGGCGGCUACGAGUUCUUUAAGCAGCAGUGCAUCAACCAGCUCGGCUACGAGACUGCCUCCAACAACCGCACUGCCGUCUACCUCGCUUCCUCCGCCGCCGCCGAGUUCUUCGCCGACAUCGCCCUCUGCCCCCUCGAGGCCACCCGUAUCCGUCUCGUCUCUGAGCCCACCUACGCCAACGGUCUCGUCGGCGGCUUCACCAAGAUGCUCAAGAACGAGGGUCUUGGCGCUUUCUACGCUGGUUUCGGUCCUAUCCUCUUCAAGCAGAUCCCUUACACCAUGGCCAAAUUCGUUGUCUACGAGAAGGUUGCCGAGACUGUCUACCGCUCGUACCCCAAGAAGGACAUGACCGACGGCAUGCAGACCGCCGUCAACCUGGGCUCUGGUCUCAUCGCUGGUUUCGCCGCCGCCAUCGUCUCUCAGCCCGCCGACACCAUGCUUUCCAAGAUCAACAAGACCAAGGGCCUCCCCGGUGAAGGCACCACCUCCCGCCUCAUCAAGAUCGCCAAGGAGCUCGGCUUCCGUGGCUCGUAUGGCGGCAUUGGCGCUCGUCUUUUCAUGGUUGGUACCCUGACUGCUGGUCAGUUCGCCAUCUACGGUGACGUCAAGAAGGCCCUCGGUGCCACCGGCGGCGUCGAGAUCGCCAAGUAAACACAUUCCUCAUGUGUUGAGAUGUAUAGAGGGGAGGAGAGGUUGAAGACGGCAUAGAGGUGCCAGGGCUCGGCACGCGCUGCGCUGCCCAAGAGCUGGGCCUUGCUCGCGUGUCCAGCUCGUGCGCCUUCAUAGAGAGCGGAGUGGUAUCGUCAUGGCAUUGCGUCUCCAGCGAGCUGGGAGGCGCCUUGCCCAUCGUUUGUCGCCUCGACGACUCGACCUUUGGGACGGGAUGGGAUCCGGUCUCGUGUUUGCCUAGAGUAGAGCAUAGAGUGGCAGACCAGGGGCAUUCUUCCCCAGGGUUGUAUAAUAGUCGUUUUCACGUUUCAAAUAGACGGGAGUUCUUCUGGCUGUAA